AUGCUGCCGCCUGGGCGCAACGGCACCGCGCGCCCCCCGUGGUCCGGGCUGCGGGCGCAGGAGGGCGCCGUGGGGGAUGCGGGGCCGGCGCAGGUGCUCACCGCUGGCCUCCUGACGCUGCUCAUCGUGUGGACCCUGCUGGGCAACGUGCUGGUGUGCACGGCCAUCGUGCGCAGCCGCCACCUGCGCGCCAAGACGACCAACGUCUUCAUCGUGUCCCUGGCCUUGUCCGACCUCUUCGUGGCGCUGCUCGUCAUGCCCUGGAAGGCGGUGGCCGAGGUGGCCGGCUACUGGCCCUUCGGGGCGUUCUGCGACAUCUGGGUGGCCUUUGACAUCAUGUGUUCUACCGCCUCCAUUCUGAACCUGUGCGUCAUCAGCGUGGACCGCUACUGGGCCAUCUCCAGGCCCUUCGGCUACGAGCGCGAGAUGACCCAGCGCUUGGCCUUGGUCAUGGUGGGCCUGGCCUGGACCCUGUCCGUCCUCAUCUCCUUCAUUCCCGUCCAGCUGAACUGGCACCGGGACGCGGCGGGCCCCGAGGGUGGGGUGGGCCUUCCCUCCGACCCGGCCAACCGGACGGCCUGGGAGGGCCCCAGGGAGCCCGCGGCGAGGGCAGCGAACUGUGACUCCAGCCUGAACCGGGCGUACGCCAUCUCCUCCUCGCUCAUCAGCUUCUACAUCCCCGUGGCCAUCAUGAUCGUGACCUACACGCGCAUCUACCGCAUCGCGCAGGUGCAGAUCCGCAGGAUCUCUUCCCUGGAGAGGGCCGCCCAGCACGCGCAGGGCUGCCGGAGCCGCGUGGGCAGCGAGCCCGACGCCAGCCUGCGCGCGUCCAUGAGGAAGGAGACCAAAGUCCUCAAGACGCUGUCGGUGAUCAUGGGCGUCUUCGUGUGCUGCUGGCUGCCUUUCUUCGUCCUUAAUUGCAUGGUUCCAUUCUGCCACGGAGCCCCCGAGGACCCGAAGCCCGGCUUCCCCUGCGUCAGCGAGACCACUUUUGACGUCUUUGUCUGGUUCGGCUGGACCAAUUCCUCGCUCAACCCCAUCAUCUACGCCUUCAACGCUGACUUCCGGAAGGUGUUUGCCCAGCUGCUGGGGUGCAGCCACCUCUGCUGGCGCACCCGUGUGGAGACCGUGAACAUCAGCAACGAGCUCAUCUCCUACCACCAGGACACCGUCUUCCACAAGGAGGUCGCGGCCGCCUAUGUCCACGUGAUCCCCAAUGCGGUGGCCCCCGGGGACAGGGAGCUGGAGGACGAGGAGGACCCUUUUCAUCGAAUGUCCCAGCUCUGCCAGGCGUCCCCAGACGGCGACCCUGCGGCUGACUCUGUGUGGGAGCUGGACUGCGACGGGGAGGUUUCCUUAGACAAAAUAACGCCGCUAACCCCAAACGGAGUUCAUUAAAUCUCAUAAGCCCUUGUGGAUCUGCGUAAGCUCGUAGACAUGUACAACCACACACACCCUCACAGACGCACGCACACACACACACACACACACACACACACACACACACACACACACACACACACACACACUUCCAGCGCCUCGCAGCCUACCGGUGUUUCUGCUUCUCCGUGAAGUGGCUCGUGUGCUGGAGUCCGAACGCUCCCUGACCCUUCCUAGGUGAAAGAAUCGGCAGAGGCAUUAGAAUCAACUCACAAACACACAGCCCACUCGGCCUAGCAGAGACGGCCAGGUAGAGCAGAGAGGGCGGUGCUGGCCCUAAAAAUACUCAGUCACUUCCCCUUUCGGACAGACGGCUGGUUCAGUGACUCAUUUGCAUUUGGGUUGAUUUUUCAACAGCAGGUUCAGCGCCUGCCUGUGAAGGAUGAGAGAGUACGUGCUCUCUCUUGCUACAUGGUCCUGCGCUCUGCAGUUUCUGCUCUUCCUAGCUGAGGAAUCCUUCCCGAGGGGGUCUGGUGUCAGGUUAACAUAGCUUAUGCAGAUGGUGGGGCGAUUGUCUUUGCUUUGCCGGGUGGGUUUCCGAGAUCACUCCCGGAGAGAACAUGAGUGCAGGCUCUAAAGCAGGGAUGAUGUUCCUUUAUUUUCUUUUCAGGCAGUUUGGCCUUAAAGGAACACACAAGGGCUUGAAAAGCUUCCGUUUUCUUUGAUUUCCUUUUGUUAGAUCCAUACAUCUCCAGGGUGUAUGGAAAGCUAGUUUUAUGGUCUCGCCUGGCAAUAUGGACUGCUCCAGCCUGGAGUUCUUCUUUUUUCUCUCUUGGAAACUUCUUUUUUAAGAUAAUGUAAGACGUUCUUCAGACUCGUAGGCAGAUGAUGUCUGUUCACUGAAGAAAUUAUCUACAGUAACAGAAUGAUCUUUCCCCAGCUCAAAUCUAGAAUGUUGUGACCUGGCUUUUGUUACUGUGUUUUCUGAAGAGCUUUGACAUGUGUGAGUCAAUAAGCUUAUAAAAUGCAAUCCUAUUAUCAAAUAGGCAUUUUUAGUUGCACACAAUAGCAAAUAGGGAAGAGCAUUUUAAUUGAAAUGUAGAAGUCAGAAAUGACAUUUGGAUGAACUAACAAAUGGAAAAUCUGUAGGUGGAGUUGCUCAACAAAAGAUCCCCACAAACUCCAAUCUGUUUUCCCUCUCAGCGAUGAGCCUGGUGUAGUGUACUUUAUCCCAAAUGAUUUCAGUUGAGAACAUAGUACCAUGAGAAUUACGUGCAAAACCUAUUAAUGGAAGCAAAUGAAAUGUGAAUCUGCAAUUUCUUAUACAUCUUUGCUCUCUGAAAAUGUCAUAUCAAGGACAGUUCAAUCAAUUGUCAUCUCUUUAGGGAUAAUUUUAUUGUCAGUCUUCUGUACAACUCUGUCUUGUUCACUGUAAAUGUGUAAUG